ACCCGGGAGCAGGUCACUGUUCGCAAUUUCCUGGAGUCAUGCCUGCUAUUGUCAACCUCCUCUUCAACGUGGUCUCCACCAACACCACCAUCUCCUUCACAGUGGUGCUGCCGAUGGUGAGCCUGAUCUCUCUUUUCGCAGGGGUCGGAGGUCACCUCCUGCUCUGGCUGGUGCUGGUGAGAAACCCCCGGAGACGCUCCAAACCAAGCUCCAUCCUGCUCCUCAAUCUCAGCCUGGCAGACCUGGGAGCCUUGCUAACACUGCCCUGUGUGCUUCUGAGUGCCAGCUUCCAGAACUGGCAGCUUGGAGGCGGGACCUGCAUUCUGCUUGGAUUCAUGACUUCGGUGACAGUAGGAGUGGAAAUCUUCAGCCUGGCAGCGUUGGCAGUGCUGAGGUAUCGAAUUGUUGCACCACGGAUGAGGCUGCCGGCUAGUCUGACGCAAGUACUGUGCACUGUGGUGGCCAUUUGGGUGGUCUCGAUAGCCAUGGCCUUGCCGAAGGUCACUUACAUCAACUUUGACGGUGGCUGCACGUGGUCGGUUGGUCGAGAAGAGUGGCUGUUUUUCCUGGUGCCUGCCUUCCUGGUGUACUACGUGGCCCCCCUGUUCUGCAUCGCCAUCAACUGCGGCCUCAUCAUCUCUCACCUCCACCGCUGCAGAGGCAGCCUGGUUGCCAACAGACGCAACAAGAAAGCCACCGCCCUGCUAAUUGGUUCAACGCUGGUGUUUGCAGUUAGCUGGCUGCCAUAUUAUGCACUUGAGUUUGUCAAUGUUUUGUCACCUUACAUUAGUUCAGCAGCUUCUCCCACGAGCAGAGUAGAUGUCGGGCCAGCUUCCCCGUUGCCUACUUUUAAUUCACCGGUCACUCCGUCCGGGUCCGGUGAACAAGCCGUGCCGAGGGUCACACUGUUGUGGGAAGUAGCCUCUCUGGCGGCCAUUUUGUUGGUGUGCCUGGCUCCAUGCUGGAACCCUCCGCUCUACUUCCUGCUGUCACGCCCGGCUGUACAUCAGCUGAAAGCUCUCCUGCCCUCGUUCUUCCAAGAGCAGUUGGGGAGAAAACCUGUGCAGCACUGGCGUAUCGCUCCGGCUCCACCCCUGUGUCUGUCAACACCUCACGCAGCCCCGAACUCACCCAAUCGUCAGAGCUUGACACGCCGACUGACUCAAUGAAGAUCGCAACAGCUGUGCACACUCACGUUCCCCCAUGAAAUCCAGCUCACAUGUGCCAUCCAUGAAACGCUAAAUCCAAACACAUGAUUCACAGGAUGCUCUGUGCGUGUAGUUACUGAGUAUGCUCAUGGCUAUUGGCAACAAUAAGCUCUCACGUUGUGUCAUAAUUAGAACACAUUCUAGGCCUUAAACCGAGUUUAUGUCCCUCACGAUACCAGAUGCACUUAGCAACUUUGCUGUCUGGUCUAUUCCAGCUAGAAGAGGAAAAGGGCUGGAAAUCAAGCUGAAAGAAAAUAAAAACUGAAAAGCCAAACAAAGCAAUUUCCUGUUAUAUCACAGCUCAUAUCGUCAUUUAUUUUUGGGUCACUGAACUUAAAUAUAAGCUCACACAUGGGAAUUGAACCUUAGCAACAUGCCUUUUUGGUGCUGGAGGGCAUCAGCUAAACUUGUCCUGACUAACUCAACCCAUCCAAGCAAACCAGAACUCCCCAGAGAGUUUUUACACACAAGCCCCGGUCUGCAACGUAAAAGCAUCCAAUGGGUGGAGUAAACGGCCUCUGCAUUGUGGAAGAUUGGCUUUGCUUUUUUGCUAAAUAUUAGAUAUAGAAAUUCAUUACAGCCAUUCAUCCUACUAUGCAGUAUAACCUUGUAACACCAUUACAGAGAUUUCUAACAGAGCUGGGAAACGGCAGACGAUGCCUCUUUAGAAAUCUCAAUGAAAAGCCCGGAGGCAGCAGAUUCCGGAUUCAAUCAUGGCAAUAACCUUAGUGAAAAGAGGGCCCUUUGACAUUGGCACAUGUUAAAAGACACCGGCUUGUCUAGUUCUGAACCUGAAUGCUGAGAAGUGCAUGUUAAAAAGGGAUUUGACACCAAGUAUUGGAUCUGCU